UAAUUAAAUCUAAACAUAAUUCAAAUACAACCAUCGUUUAAAACAACGAUAGAAAAAAGGAAAUUUUAAUCAAAAUGGCAAACAAAAUAGCUCUCCUUGCAUGCGUUUGUUUCAUCGCUGUACGGAAUAUAUCUGCUCAAUGCAUUGGAGCAUACAAUGGUCUUGGUCUGAAUGCUUAUGCUGCUGGAGCUCCGUUUGCAGCACCUUGGGCUGCUGGUCCAAUCGCUGCUGCUGAAUGCGGAACCUUUUCUCCAUUUGUGCCGUCUAGCGGUGGUGGCUUCACGAUUACCAGUGCUUCUCCAAUCGCCCCAACUGGUGUCACAGUGACGUCUGAAAACGCUUAUGAAGGACCUCUAGCCGUUACUGGUGUUCUGCCAUUCUUAGGAGCUGUGGCUUUGGAAGGUGCUCUACCAACUCUCGGUGCUGGCACCAUCAACUAUGGUUGCGGUAAUGGUAAUAUUGGGAUGCUGAAUGAAGAUUUCGGUUAUAACGGUCUUGGGCCUUUGGGCUACAAUGGACUUGGUGGACCACUGGCUUAUGAAGCUGGUCUUGUUGGCCCUGGAUACAGGUAUAAUGGCAUCGGAUGUGGCGGAUAUGGAGCUUAUUAUUAAAUUAAUUUUAUCAAUUAGUUAAAAUGUUUUGAUUGUGGUAAGUUUAGUGAAGUUGUCGAAAUAAAUAGACUGAUUAUGAAA